UGGGGUGGCCGUGAGCUCCGGGGGGACCAGGACGGGGACGCCACUCCACGGGAACCCCGCGGAACACCCCCGAGCCCCGCGGAAUCCCACGAGACCCCCCCCCGGAUUCCUGCGAACCCCGCCUGACCCCCCUGAACCCGCCUGGAUUGCCCCCGAACCCCUCCAGACCCCCCCGGACCCACCAGGCAGGAGAGUGUCCACCCCCACCGUGCCCUGGGGACGUGCCCGGGGGUCCUGGGGAUCCUGAAGCCCCCGGGCGUGCAGGGGUUCCCCGGCUCGGGUCUGGGGACGCUCACCCCGUGCCCCCCCACCGCAGGUGCCCCCGUGGCCCGGACGGAGCCGGAGGAGAUGGAAGCACCGGCAUGCACCGGCUCAGAGUGGCUGGUGGUCCCCAAGGCAGAGGUGACCCCCGAGGAUGACAGGGAUGAUCCAGGGGACCCAGGGCUCCACGACUCAGGGCAGUGGCUGGUGCGGAAGGUGAAGGUGGAGGAGGAGGAGGAUGAGGCCGAGGCCCCGCAGCCCCUGCCCGGCGCCUUCCCCCCCGGCCCCGCCGGGAGCUGCGCCGGCGCCUGCAAGGCGGAGGAGCCGUGCCCGGAGGACCUGGGCUACGGGGUGCUGCCGGCCUGGGGGCCCGGGCCGCGCCUGGACGCCAUCGGGAUCGGCUUCGGGGCGGGCACCGGCACCGGCACGGGCGCGGGGAUGAGCCCCGGCCCCGGCGGCUGCGGGCGCUGCUCGCAGCCCGGCCCGCGGCCGUUCUGCUGCCCGCAGUGCGGGAAGGCCUUCGGGAAGAAGGCGCACCUGACGCGGCACCUGCGGGUGCACACGGGCGAGCGGCCCUUCCCGUGCCCGCACUGCGGCCGCCGCUUCCGCCAGCGCAUCCACCUGCGCUCGCACCUGCGCACGCACACCGGCGAGCGGCCCUACCCCUGCCCGCGCUGCGCCCGCCGCUUCCGCAAGAAAACGCACCUGGACCGGCACCUGCGCACGCACACCGGCGAGCGCCCGCACCCCUGCCCGCGCUGCGCCCGCCGCUUCGCCCACCGCCAGCACCUCCUGCGGCACCUGCGCCUGCACGGGGACCCGGCCCCGGGACACGGGCAGCGCGACGGGCACGGGGAUGGGCACGGCCCCGCCGAGGAGAAGCCGCUGCCGUGCCCGGGCUGUGAGAUGAGCCUCACCUGGAAGCAGAACCCGGCGCCGCAGCUGGGGCUGCACGCGGGACCCGUGCCGGGAGCUGGGAAUGGACACCUGGACGAGCAGCGGGACGGGGACAGGGACAGGGACGGCCCCGCCGAGGAGCAGCUGCUCAUUUGCCCCCAGUGCGGCACGGGCAUCGCCUGGAAGCAGAACUCGUCGUCGCACCUGUGGCAGCAGCUGGAGAGCCAAGCCCUCGGCUGUGCCCAGCACCCCCUGCAGCCCCCGCAGCAGCCCGGAGCCCAGGACCCCCCGCACCCCCCGCAGGUGCCCACGGCCGAGCCCCCCUUCGUGCAGGACCCCCAGCUCCUGUCGCAGGUGCCCAGUGCCAACUGCAGCCGCGGCUGCGCCCAGGACCCCCCGCCCCUCCUGCAGCCCCCGCAAGUGCCCGGCGCCCAGGACCACCAGCAGCGGCCGCAGGUGCCCGGUGCCAAAAGCGGCCAGGGCUGUGCCCAGGACCCUCAGGACCCCCCGCAGGCGCCCCCCGCCCAGCGCCCCUUCACCUGCCCACAGUGCGGGCGCGGCUUCGGGCGCAAGGCGCACCUGGCGCGGCACCUGCUGGUGCACUCGGGCACCCGGCCCCACGCCUGUGCCCGCUGCGGCCGCCGCUUCAGCUCCAAGACCAACCUGGGCCGGCACCAGGCCGUGCACACGGGGCUGCGGCCCCACCACUGCGCCCGCUGCGGCCGGGGCUUCACCCGCAAAACGCACCUGGAGCGCCACGAGCGCACCCACGGCACCGGCAUGGGCACGGGGGCGGGCACGGGGGCGGGCACGGCCACCACCGGGGCGGGGAUGGGCACAGCCACCGCUGCCACUGGCACCGGUGUCACGGGGUCCCAGCUGAGCUGGCCAGAGCCCCCCACCCUGUGCCCCUGAGCCCCGGAGGUGCCAGGGGCUGCGGUGGAUGCCGGUGGUGAAUCCUUGGCACUGGCGUGUCAGGAGGUGCUGGGAGGUGCCACGGGCCCUGAUGGCUGCCGGUGGUGGGUCCUGGCACUGGGAUGUGCCAGGGGACCGGUG